AUGUUUCUUUCACUCAUCAUCAUAGCCAUUUGUAAGGAUACAGUUAUUUGUUCUAAUUCUUUAAUCAAGAGAUCAGGAUGGUACCAACAACAAAGACAAAGAUAUAGUAAAAGCAAAACAAAGAUUUAUAGACUAAACGACAAUCCACCUUGGAUGAACCAAUUCGCUCCACGGAUCAUAGACCUUAUGAUUAGAGUAUUGGACAGACACGCUGAAAAGAAGACCACAACCACUAGAAACAAAACUAUCAUAUGUUUGGUUUUAUUUUCGCAAUGGCGUGUGAUUCGACAUCUUUAA